GUAAUAAACAGUGAAAAGACCCAAAAAUGUUUUUAUUCGUUUUAGGAAGGUAUGGAAGAAGCAAUUCGAAAAUCUCGGAGUGGAUCAACAACAUUGCCCUUCUUUCAUUGGUCAUUGGUAGAGAAACUGCCAUCUGCGUGCGAACUUCCUGGAGUAAGUUUCGUGUGCCGAACCAUUGAUAAUGUCUUGAACAGAAAGAAACCAUUUGUUGAUAUUGAUGGAGAUAAAUACAGCAUUAUAGAGACAUUCAGAGGUGACGCCUGGAGAGGAAGAGACUGUGACGACGUGAAUGAGAUGAUAUACCCUGGCAGACGGCCCAUGGAUAAAGAUAUCAUACUUGAUUCCAAUUGUAAUGGAAUAUUUGGUCUUAAUACAAGUUCAGGGAUUGCUUACGAAGAAGAAUUAUGCGGAGAAACAAAAUCUCAAGGUCUUAUUUACAUAGGUGAUUCCAUCGGGGCCCAUUUUCAUGUUCCACCUGCGUGGCUAACUGCGGAAAAGCUAACUAUCGAUAUAUUAAAGAAUUUCAGUUUUGUCUUAGGUAAUGAACUGGACUGGCCUGAAACAUCUUUUGCAACAGGUUUUCAAAAUCUCUCGUGGCCUAUAUUACAUGGUACAACGGAUUCAAUGUAUUUGAGGCUUAGACAAAGGAAUCUGUGCAACCACCGUGACUUCCAGAACAUUUGCUUCAAUGGAGCUGCAUCUUCAUCGAUGCUGUCAUAUUUAGAAACUAUCGCAAGAAAUCCACAAGAUGAUAAACCUGCCCUUGUCUUUUACGGGAUGAUGGGAAAUGACGUUUGCCGAAGGUGGAUGAGUUCACUAGAAGACUUAACAACGCCCGAAGAAUUCAGACAAAAUGUAGAAUCUACUCUUGAUAAAUUAAAUGAAAUUCUGCCUUCAGGAAGUCAUGUCUUACUCAUUGGAUUAGUAAAUGCAAGUUUUGUGUUUGAUACUAUGUGUGAAAGAGUGCAUCCCAUAGGAAAGUUACGUAAUGAUGUUCGAUAUGCUGAUGUCUACGAGUGGUUCAACUGCAUGCGGAUUGGACCCUGCUAUGGCUGGCUAAACAAAAAUGAAACAAUUCGACAAGCUACAACGCAGAGAUCAGUUGAAUUGACAGAGGUCCUUCAAGACUUAGCAGAGACAAAAACUUAUGACCAGUUUACCCUCCACUUUUUAAGUAAUCCUAUGGUUCAAGUUUUUAGACAAUGGGAAAAAGAAGGUCAUGAAUUGUGGAAGCUUCUAGAACCUGUUGAUAGUAUACAUCCAGUACAGGAAAUUUUACCCCUUAUUACUCAAGCUAUGUGGAACGAAGUAGCUACAAAGUAUCCAGAAGUGCUGGGAGAUGUAAAUCCGAACAAUAACCUCAUACAAGCAAUUUUUGGCAAUCAAGGAGGACAUUAGAUUUUCAAAUUAUUUAACCUUCAUCUGGAAAACAACACAUUAUGAGUAGCAUCAUAUUUCAGAAAGACUAUGAUCCCGAAUGAGCAUAAUCAUUUCUUGAAAAAAAUGCAAAUAUGUUAAAAGAACUCAUUUUAUAUUUAUUGCAUCUAUCAUUAUUUAUCAUUGUUCAUUGUUGUUUUACAACUGUAGAUAAUAUGAUACUGUAAGUGUGUACCUUGAUAUUUAAACAUGUUGCUGAAACAAUAAGUAAUUAUUUUCAAAUGCAUAUUUCACUUACAAGAAUAGAAAUAUACAGAUAACCUUCCACAUUUACCACUCAUUUAUUAACAUUACAUAUACUCUCAACAGGGGGAAAAAAAAAAAAAAAAUGUGUUUCUUUAACCAAAAUAAAUGGCUUUAUUUGCCUUUUUUGCUAGAUGAAAGUCUUUUAUUUUAUAUUUUAUGUUCAUUUUUUUAUGAAUAAAUUGAAGAUUCUCAAGGCACUAGGAAUUUAAAAUAACUGUACUUCAAUGUUACUAAGAUUUGCAAAGUUCUUGUAUGAAUUUAAACAGUAACUUAAUAAAUAUUUGAAUAUAAAA